CUUGCACUCGUGCGCGCGCUCGUUUGCCUGCUUCCUGCCGCCGCCUGCGGGGCCAUGGCGACCUGGCUGCGGUUGCGGAGCUGCCGGGCCCCGCGCCUCCCGCCGGCGCCUGCGGGCCUCGGCCUGAGCCCCCGCGGCUCGGUGCCCGCCGCGCCCGCGCUCGCCUCGGCGCAGCCCGGCCGCUCUGCCGGGGGCCUGGCGGGCCUGUCCGCGGCGCUGCUGCGCACCGAGGGCUUCGUGGGCGGCCGCUGGCUCCCGGCCGCCGCUGCCUUCCCGGUGCACGACCCGGCCAGCGGCGCCGAGCUGGGCUUAGUGGCCGACUACGGGGUGCCCGAGACCCGCGCCGCGGUGCGCGCCGCCUACGAGGCCUUCUGCAGCUGGAGGGGCGUCUCGGCCAAGGAGAGGAGUUCUUUGCUUCGGAAAUGGUACGACUUAAUGAUACAAAAUAAGGAUGACCUUGCCAGGAUAAUUACAGCCGAAAGCGGGAAGCCACUGAAGGAGGCGCAGGGGGAAGUUGUCUAUUCUGCCCUUUUCCUGGAGUGGUUUUCAGAGGAAGCCCGUCGCAUCUACGGAGACAUCAUCUACACCCCCACGAGAGACCGGCGGGCCCUGGUCCUCAAGCAGCCCCUCGGGGUGGCCGCAGUCAUCACCCCGUGGAAUUUCCCCAGUGCCAUGAUCACCCGGAAGGUGGGGGCCGCCCUGGCAGCUGGCUGCACCGUGGUGGUAAAACCCGCCGAGCACACGCCCUUCUCCGCCCUGGCCCUGGCCGAGCUUGCAAACCAGGCUGGCAUUCCCCCAGGUGUGUACAAUGUUAUUCCCUGCUCUAGAAAGAAGGCAAAGGAAGUAGGGGAAGCACUUUGUACUGAUCCUCUAGUGUCCAAAAUAUCCUUUACUGGCUCAACAGCGACUGGAAAGGUGCUGCUGCACCACGCCGCGGGCUCCGUGAAGAGGGUCUCCAUGGAGCUGGGCGGCCACGCCCCAUUCAUCGUCUUCGACAGCGCCAACGUGGACCAGGCUGUAGCAGGGGCCAUGGCGUCCAAAUUCAGGAACUCUGGACAGACUUGUGUUUGCUCAAACCGUUUCUUGGUGCAAAGGGGUAUCCAUGAUUCCUUCGUGAAGAAAUUUGCUGAGGCGAUCCAAACAAAUCUGCGUGUGGGCAAUGGAUUUGAGGAGAGAACUACUCAAGGCCCAUUAAUUGAUGAAAAGGCAGUAGAAAAGGUAGAGACACACGUAAGUGAUGCAGUUUCCAAAGGGGCCACUGUUGUGACUGGCGGGAAGCGACACCAGCUUGGAAAAAAUUUCUUUGAGCCCACCCUGCUCAGCAACGUCACUGGGGAUAUGCUGUGCGCCCAUGAAGAGACAUUUGGGCCUCUGGCGCCCGUUAUCAAGUUCGACACGGAGGAGGAGGCCGUGGCGAUCGCUAAUGCGACCGACGUGGGGCUGGCAGGUUAUUUCUACUCUCAAGACCCAGCCCAGAUCUGGAGAGUAGCAGAGCAGCUGGAAGUGGGCAUGGUUGGCGUCAACGAAGGACUGAUCUCGUCUGUGGAGUGCCCCUUCGGGGGCGUGAAGCAGUCGGGCCUCGGGCGAGAGGGCUCCAAGUACGGCAUUGAUGAGUAUCUGGAACUCAAAUACGUGUGUUUCGGGGGCUUGUAGGGUUCGCUAGUUCUUUCAGAAAUAAAAAAGGAAGCUAGCCUCCAUAUAGGGGGACAUGCCAUCCAUUAUUUUAAGUUAACUUGUAGGGAUUAGGCAUUUUUAAAGUCUCAUCCAGUGCGCAUCAUCUCAAGCAGAGGUGAAUCCCACCCCUCCGCGGACCUGACUCAGGACCCACGGAUGCCCUGUGCCUGUGGCGGCUGUCCCCCGCCAGCAGGGCCCCAGGGUCCAUCACGAAGGCUCCAUCACUGCCUGGGCGGCCUGGGGGCCCCGCGUUCCGACCAGAGGUCUGCAGGGAAGAGCCCCAGGCACGACACGCAGGCCGGCCGGGCCGGGCACAGCAGCCCCGGCCACCCGGCGACUCAGCACUGCAGACCCCGCUGCGCGUUCAGAGGUCUGGGCGCACGGGCUGAAGUACUCAGACCUCUGAAACAGCCCAGAACUGCCUGUGUUUCUGUGGGCAGUGAAGGAGCACCUUUCCCUUUUCCUGGACCUUUUUUUUUUUCUUAGAUUUUGUCUUAGAUUUUGUCUUAGUAGUCUCUACACCCAGCAUGGGGCUGGAACUCACGACCCCGAGAUGAAGAGUAGCAGGCUCCGCCGACUGAGACUGCCAGGCCCCUGGACAAUUUUUUAAGUUGAAGGCUUCGUCCUAAAUAUACGACUUAAAGAUCAUGUUUUCAUUUCCAUCCCAUGUUUUAUCUCAAUUUGUUUCCUUUAGGAAGCGAGCCUAAGCCUAAAGCAGAGCCCCGGCCCGCUU